CCACGCCGUGCCUGCCCGAAUUAUGACCUCCAGAUCAGCGGCCACAAGGGCACAAGGCCACACACCACCAAGCUCUAGCUCCUGCGCCCCCUGCCUCGCCUCGCCGCUUGCCUUUAAAGCCCAGCCGCUCGCCCGCCUCCCGCGUCCCACCGUGCAACCCCAACCAUCUCCACCGCUCGCGUCGUGUCCCACCUCGUACAACGCCGCGCGCGCACCUGCCCGGCCGCGUGCCCCAGUGGAGAGCGCACCACCUGUGCGGCAAGAGCGAUGGCCACUGCCCCUCUCGCCGAGUCGCAGCCGCCGCAGGGGGGGGCGGCGUGCGGCCGCAAGGUGGUGGACGAGGUGUCCGGCUGGCUGCGCGUGCUGGACGACGGCAGCGUCGACCGCACGUGGACCGGCCCGCCCGAGGCCCUCCCGCUGAUGCAGCCCGUGGCGCCGUACGCCGAGCCCCGCGACGGGCACACGCUCCACGACCUGCCCGGGGAGCCCAACCUGCGCGUGUACCUCCCCGAGGUGGCGGGGGGCGAGGGCGUCGGGCGCCUGCCCGUCAUCGUGCACCUCCACGGCGGCGGGUUCUGCGUCUCCCACCCGUCCUGGCUCAUGUACCACCACUUCUACUCGCGCCUGGCGUGCGCCGUCCCCGCCGCCGUCGUCUCCGUCGAGCUCCCGCUCGCGCCCGAGCGCCGCCUGCCCGCGCACGUCGACACGGGCGUCGCCGCGCUCCGCCGGCUCCGCUCCAUCGCGCUGGCCGAGGACGGCGGCGCGCUCGACGACCCGGCGGCCAAGCUCCUCCGUGAGGCCGCCGACGUCUCCCGGGUGUUCCUCAUCGGGGACAGCUCCGGCGCCAACCUCGUCCACUUCGUCGCCGCGCGCGUGGGCCAGGACGGCGCGGGCAGCUGGGCGCCCCUCCGCGUCGCCGGCGGCAUCCCGAUCCACCCGGGGUUCGUGCGCGCGGCGAGGAGCCGGUCGGAGCUGGAGGUGAGGUCGGACUCCGUGUUCUUCACGCUGGACAUGCUGGACAAGUUCAACGCCAUGGCGCUGCCGGUCGGCGCCACCAAGGAGCACCCGUUCACGUGCCCCAUGGGGCCGCAUGCGCCGGCCCUCGACUCCGUGCCGCUCCCGCCGAUGCUGGUGGCCGUCGGCGAGAACGACCUCGUCCGCGACAGGAACCUCGAGUAUUGCGACGCGCUGCGCGCCGCCGGCAAGGAUGUGGAGGUGCUGCUCAGCCGCGGCAUGAGCCACGCAUUCUACCUCAACAAGUUCGCCGUCGACAUGGACCCCGCCACAGGGGAGCGGACCCAGGAGCUGAUCAACGCCAUCACGAGCUUCGUCGCCCGCAACUGAACACUGAAGCGCAAGAAUAUGUACCUAGCAUGUGUUGCUGCUGCUUCGUUGUGUUUGUGCUUGUGGAUGUGCGCAAUCGAGGUCAACGUCUCCCCUGUACCAGUAACAUUUGGCUUGAGUUUGAGCCAGCUCAUGCAUUUUUAUUGAUGUCAAAAGUUCAAAUAAGCAACCAUAUGUUCGACCAGAGGUCAAUCUUC